ACAUGAACGACAUCCAGUACUUUUACAACGCAGGCUAUGCGAAUCCGAUCUCGGGCGUGCUUGGAUUUCCCUGGUUGAAUGCUUCCGCCGGACUCUUGUUGGCCGACACUGCCGAUCAAGACAUUUACGUUUCUUUCACGCACCGAGAAUUGCCACCUGCCGUUAUUACAGCCAUGGGAUUGUUCAACAACUCGGCUUUCACGGGGGUGAACGACCCGAACGCGACGAUGCCGCUGAAGACACAAAACUACAACCGCGUAUGGCGAUCAUCGCAUAUCUUGCCGUUUCUCUCCAACAUUGCCGUGGAGCGGAUGUCCUGCGAAAGCUACGGAUACGAGGCAGGAGAUUAUGUCCGGGUGCUCGUGAACAACAGCCCGCACCAGCUAGAAGAAUGCAACGAUGGCCCUGGCGAGAGUUGCCCGGCUUCGAAGUUCGGGGAGUGGGUGGCGAGUAAGGGAGAAAUGUUUGGUGGAUUCACGGAGCGGUGUGAGCCCGAAUACAGCAAUUCGACCGAUGUCUUGACGAUUUACGAGCAAUAA